CACUAUUUGCCAAGGGGAGGAAGCGGGCACACGGCCUGGGGCGAGCAGGGCUGGCGGAUGGAGCUUUAUUUAGCAGGACCGGCGAGGGGACACCGAGCUGACAGGGACCGAGGGCGCAGCCGCGGCCCGGAGCCGCGCAGGCCUCGGCGCCUACCCUCCCCUUCCCCUCAGGAGAUUGAUGGCGACGUCGACCAAUAGAAAGACGCGAGGAGGAGGCGCCGCCAAUAGGCGCGGGGCGGGGGCGGGGCGGCUGGCAGCGCCGGGCGGCAGCCAUGCUCCGCCGCUCGCUCUGGCUUUGCCUCUGCCUCUGCUCCUGCCCGGCCCGCGGUUUACGCAUCCAUGAAUACUUGUAUUUCCAAGUGCUGAGCCCUGGAGAUAUCCGCUACAUCUUCACCGCCACACCGGCCAAGGAUUUUGGUGGCGUGUUCAACACAAGGUACGACCAGAUCCACCUGGUCCCGGCGGAUCCCCCCGAAGCCUGCGGAGAGCUGAAUAAUGGUGUCUUCAUCCAGGACCAGAUUGCCUUGGUGGAGAGGGGGGGUUGCUCGUUCCUGUCGAAGACGCGUGUGAUCCAGGAGCACGGCGGACGGGCGGUGAUCAUCGCAGAUAACGCCUACGAUAACGACAGCUUCUAUAUCGAGAUGAUCCAGGACAGCACCAGGCGGACAGCCGACAUCCCCGCGCUCUUCCUGCUGGGCAGGGACGGGUACAUGAUCAGACGCUCCCUGGAGCAGCACGGGCUCCCCUGGGCUGUCAUCUCCAUUCCCGUCAAUGUCACCAGCAUCCCCACGUACGAAAUGAUGCAGCCCCCCUGGACCUUCUGGUAGCAGUGGGAGGCUGCGGCGGAUCGAGGACGUCUCGAUGGAUCCCAGGAGCUUGCCUCAGGGACCAGGUUUGAGGAAAGAGUCCCAACGCACUCCAGAGAUCCCACCGCCCAGCCUCGCCGGAUUCAGCAAUGGUGAGAGCUUUCUGCUGCCGCCGGCGUGUGGCUGAAGGGCAAAUACCACUGCCCUCGGUGGGAACCUUGAGCCUGGCACCGAGCACCCUUUGUCGUGACUUUCUGGGAGGGAGGCGAUGGCCAGAGCAGGCCAGCACUUCCCCGAGAAACAUUUUAACGAUGCGUAAGAUGCCACCGGUAAUUUGUGCUGCUGAUUUAGAGGGAUGCAGGACCAAAUGGAUGCGGUCUCACAGGGAUGGGAGGGAGAGCGAGAUACAGGCUUGGUCUGUACUAGCGGGGCUCGCCCAACAUCUGUAUAUUUUUGUCUGAGCUAAUGAAGUCUGAACAAGUUUUAGAGAAA